AUGGACGCGCCCCACUUUAACGGGGCGGAUGCGCCAAAUUGGAUUUCCCGCGUGCAAUAUUAUUUCGAUCACAAACGGAUCCCGGAGUCUGAGCGUUUGCAUUAUGUAGUGAUGCUGUUUGAUCCCCCCGCUUCGGAAUGGAUAUUCAAUUACAUGGAGACCAAUGGUUUUGUUACGUGGCAGGAGUUCCUGGACGACGUGAGACAUCGCUUUGACCCACAGAGUUUCAGAAACUACACGGGUCUGAUCGCCAAGCUGGUUCAGACAACCACCGUAGCAGACUACCACGCAACGUUCGAACGGUACCUCAAUCGGGUGACCGAUUUAUCGGAAUCAUCUCUGAUUCCUAUUUUUAUCCAAGGGCUCAAGCAACCCUUGCAGGAGAAGAUCGAAUUGCAGAAUCCUGCGUCAUUAGCAGAGGCAAUGGCAUUGGCAUUGGGCUUGGCCGCAACACAGGACGAGCAACCGCAACAACCGUUGCCAUAUCCGCGACGCCAGUGGUCGGGGAGGGAGCAAAGGGCCACCCCGCUCCCCGGUUCGACCCCAGUUUCUGGACUGCCGCAAGAGUCGCAGGGACGCGACGCGGACAAGACACGGGUAUACCCAAUCAGGGUGUCUAACGCCGAGAAGUCGGAGCGAGCCAGCCGGGGGCUUUGUUACCAUUGCCCCGAAAAAUGGGUCGCGGGCCACGUUUGUAAGGUCAAGCUUCUUUGUUAUAUAGAUGACGAAGUUGACAGCCCGCAGGAGGAUAACGCGGGAGAUCAGGUGCCAGAAGACGAACUAAUCACUGCUGAUUUAUCACACCUUCACGCCUUGGAUGGCCGAGGGAGUUCGAAGCCGUUUAUUGUGCAGGGCACGUUGGGCGAGACCAACGUGCGAGUGUUGAUCGACACGGGAGCGACAUUGGAUUUCCUCCAGCCGCGAAUCGCGGAGAUACUCCAGUUAGAGCUCACACCCAUCAGACCGUUCCGGGUGUUGGUAGUAAACGGAGCCUCCCUGCUCUGCACCCAUAUAUCGCGGGGCACCAAGCUCACUCUGCAGGGCAAUGUAUUCGUGGUGGAUCUACACAUUCUCGCCCACCAUGGACCGGAUGUGAUUUUGGGCAUGCACUGGUUGGAAUCUCUGGGCAAGGUGUCGGCAGAUUUUGUCCGAAAGACGUUGGAAUUUACUCACGGGGAGCGGACAGUAUUUUUACAGGGUUUGAUGCCGGGGCCGAAACAGAUUUCCCUUCACUCAUUAUACACGUUGACGACACAACCAGCGGACCACGAGUUUUAUGAGAUUGUACCGAUCAUCAGUGGGACCGAGGCAGUCGAGGGCAGCAACCUGGAGGAUUUCCCUCCGGAUUUACCAGCUGAAAUUCUCGGGGUAUUGAAUAUGCACCGGGCGGUGUUUGAACAGCCCCGCGGUAUGCCUUCAUCGCGCCCGUUCGAUCAUCGGAUCCACCUUCUGCCAGGUACAAGGCCGAUUAAUGUUAGACCCUACCGGUACCCCUACUUCCAGAAGACGGAAAUCGAAAGACAGGUUCAUGAUAUGUUGGAGCAGGGUAUUAUUCACCACAGCCACAGCCCAUUCUCAUCCCCAGUAUUGCUGAUCCGUAAAAAGGAUGGCACGUUUCGGUUUUGCAUUGAUUAUCGGGCCAUCAAUAAGGCGACCGUCCCGGAUCAUUUCCAUAUACCUACGGCGGAGGAACUCUUUGAUGAGUUGGGCAGUGCAAAGUACUUUACAAAGUUGGACCUUCGCUCAGGGUACCACCAAAUUCAAAUGAGCGAGGAUGACAUCUUCAAGACUGCGUUCAGAACUCAUGACGGACAUUUCGAGUUUCUCGUGAUGCCUUUCGGGUUGACGAACGCACCGUCCACCUUUCAGGCAGCGAUGAAUGCAAUUUUCCAGCCUUUUCUCAGGCAAUGCGUUAUCGUCUUCUUCGAUGACAUAUUGAUUUACAGCCCGACCCUUGAGCUGCAUAGUAGGCAUCUGGAAUCCGUUCUUGAGCUGCUCCAUGCAAAUAACUUCUUCGUCAAACUAUCGAAGUGUUCAUUUUGUAGUGUGUCGGUGGAGUAUUUGGGCCAUAUCAUUGACGAUGGUCACCUCAAGGCCGACCCGGCCAAAAUCCAGGCAAUGACGGUGUGGCCUACGCCGGGCACAGUGAGACAGCUUCACGGUUUCCUAGGUUUGACAGGCUACUACCGCCGCUUCGUCGCUCACUACGCGUUGAUCGCAGCGCCCUUGACGGAUUUACUAAAAAAAGAAGCUUUUCGUUGGUCCCCCGAAGCCGAGGCCGCGUUCGCGGCCCUAAAGAAGGCAAUGACCUCAGCACCGGUCCUACAACUUCCGGAUUUCACCUUGCCUUUUUGCGUGAAGACAGACGCUUGCGAGGUGGGAAUUGGCGCGGUGUUAAUGCAGCGGGAUCACCCUAUUGCGUUUUUUUAG